AUGCCCCCGCCUCCGCCUCCAGUCCCCCAAGCGACGUCGUCAGUCACUGUCGAGGCCAACGUACUGGCAAGUAACUCUACCUCGGCCCCUCCAUCCGACCCAGUAGGGCCAUCUUCAAUACCAAAUGGAUCCACUCCCCAGAUGCCAUCGCAGCCAUCUCCACUGGCGCCAAAACCGCCGUCUCAGCCAAUAACUGUGUCUGUUCCUUCACCUGUCACCCAUUCGGGCUCACAAAAUGCGAAUACCCCAGCGAUACCUGUGCCUAUACCCUCUCUCUCACGACCACCCACCCUCAUUAGUACUCCAGUCGCUCCUUCAAGCACAGCAAGGACACCGAUUACAGUACCAUCCACGACGUCCAGAAGUCCAUUCGCCGUUCCUAUAAACAUCCCUCGUCCAGGCAGCGUGCUCGCCGUACCAACCAACUAUCCUCCGGCCACCGUCCUUCCCAUACCCUCCAACCCAGUCGGAAACGCCAUAACCGUUCCUUCCAAUGCGCAGACAAGCAGUGGUGCGGCACAAGGCUCAGCGGCGUUGGGUAACGACGAACCUUCCACGUCGACCCAACCAGUUGCUUCGACUUCUUCUCAGCCUGCCUUGGAACAAGCCAACGGCCCCGAGGAUGGCCAUGCAACCAAGGGGAAACGGAAGAGAAAGCGAUCUUCUACAACGACUCCCGAAGGAGAGGAGGCACCAAAACCCAAAGGUGGUCGAGGAAGACGUUCGAGGGGGCCUUCCCUGCCACCCUACGAUCCCACAGCAGACCCGGGGGAAGACAUUGACCCAACGGUCGUUACUAUGGCUUCGCUAUGCGAAGAUACUGGACAAGGAAGGGUUAGCAGUAAGGCAGCCGAAAUCCAAAGUAAUCACGCGGCUUGGAAGCAGAGGAACAGGGAGAAGAGGGCAAGGAUGCGAGCGAUCAUGGAGGCCAAGAAAUACGGUCGCACAGAUGAAGAAGCUGAACUCAUCGCCGAUGGCGAAGUUCCAGCAACACCAGCACCUACGCCCCAAAUAAAAACGCCCAGUGGCAGCAGUGCCGACGAUGUCACACCGGACUUUGACUACACGCAGGAUCUUACCACCAGUCGAUAUAACGUGCAAGUCAGGAUAGGUCCCAACGGGGAGACCAUCAUCGACGAGGACUCCUUGGUUGUCAAUCGAGAAGAGGCGGACGAUACGGCCAAUUAUACCCAUGUCACGGAGUCUGAUCACACGAAAUUCGUCAAUUCUGGGACGUAUGGAAAGCGAUUCCGCGGUUCACGCUGGAGUGCUGAAGAGACUGAGCUCUUCUACGAGGCACUUUCCCAAUUCGGUGAAAACUACGAGCUCAUCGCUUAUGUCCUACCUGGACGAGAUAGAAAAUCUUGCAAAAACAAAUUCAAGGUGGAGGACAAGAAAAACCCUGCGCGGAUAAACUACUGUCUGAACAAUCGAACGGAAGUUGAUAUCGAAACUCUGUCGAGGAUGACUGGAAAAGACUUUUCUGGCCCCGUACCUGAAAUCCGUGCACCGACGCCUCGACCAUCUUUGAUACCCAGGCCAGACACCACUACCGCAGAGGUCGAGCCCGCAGAGGAAGCCUCAACGUCUACAAAAUCUCAGCCAAAACGACGGCGGGCCAAGUCCAGCGCUACCGAUGACGGCGUCGUUAUCGUUGGGGACAUCGGUAGUGUUGUUCCCAAUUUUGACGAUGCAUAG